GUCAACCUUAUAUAUACGUUAUAAUUUUUUCGAAAAGAUAUCAAAUGAACCCAUGUGGUAUCGCCCUCCUUAUAAUAGGCCUUGUGUUUCUCCUCAUUCAACAAAUAUGGAAAAUAUGGCUACUCAAAGUUUAAAUGGAGAAUUUAGUGAAGAAAAAGUAUAUGUUUCUGAGAGCUUUGUUGUGGACAUGGAACACAUAUCUCAUCAUCUUGUAGAAAAAGAAAUAAAUGCAAAUUCAAGAAUUACUUUGCAGAGAAACCAUUCGAGGAAGGGAUCAUUAAAAAAACAAAAUUUCAACGAUAUCAAUGAAAAAGACACAAACCUAAUGGCCAUUUCACCAAAAGGAGCUAGCAUGCCUGAAAAGUCCAUUGUGGUAACAUCUGAUCACUCCAUACCACAUGUACACAAUCAGAACACUUCAGUGGUGGCCGCCAGUAGCGGUGCUGCUGCCACCACCACCACCACCACCGCCAUCGAUGGUAAAGUAGCUGUCUCCAAGAGAUUCAGUUUCCGACGAUCUUCUUCCUCCUCGCCUUGGACCAUUGAUCCCAGGAGGAUACUUAUUUUCUUUGCUACCUUAUCAAGUAUGGGAACAAUACUGCUGAUCUAUUUCACACUAUCCAUGACCAAGCUCAAUGGAGAAGAUAAAGCUUCGUAUUGAUCUAUCUUCAUACUAUUCAUUGCCACGAUCAACGGAGAAGACAACAUUCUCAGUUGAUAGAAAAGACGUCAAAAACUGUUUUCCCUCCUAAAAUAACAAAGUGAUGGAAAAGUCUGUAUGAUAUCGAAGCAGAAGAGAUUGAGCAUAAUUGAUUUUCGGGUGACAGACUAUCUGUGAACAUUUGGAAGUACAAAGAAAGGAAUGGAGUCAAAGAGAUGCUAAAAAAACAGAUAGACCUUCUUUUUAGGAAGAAUUCAAAUGGCAGAUGUAUAAAAUGAGUCUAACUUUAAUACAGUCGCAAUGCAAAAGAAUUUUUAUACCAUCAUAUGUUUCGCUCAUUAAACAAGGAAACAUGAUCGCAUGAGAAGACAUGUUGAAAACACAAACAAAGCAAAUCAAAGUGUAUUAUUUCUAACAACUUAAACUUGUAGAUGAGUUGUUAAUACAACUUGAAGUUGUCGGUAUCUCAUACUGACUGAUGUUUUAAUAACAAAUAAA